UGAUAACCAGCCAAAUAUUUUGGUCCACUAAUGAUUUAGUUUCAGUUUGCAGAUUAACAGAUUGUGCUAGCAGUUUAAUCUGAAAAGUUCAAAAUGUUCCCAACUUUUUAUUUUAUAUAUCUUUCUCUAAAAGAAUAAAAAACGGUUGUCUUAUGUAAAUCUUAUUUUUUUUCUGAUGCCUGAUAUACAACCUUAUACUCGAUAUUAUUUCCUUAUCUGCUCCUAUCUUAGUUGUUUUAUUUAAGUCCUUAAAUUAUUUUUCGUUUCAGAACAAAAAAAGGGUAAUACACAUGAAAUAAACAUUUCGAUCAUUUAAUAAAUGGUAGUAAAGCAGGAUGGAUCUUCUCAAUGAAUGUGAUUGGUUUACAUGAGUCGAUGACGUCUGUUCCGCCUCUGAGGCGCGUCUCACCUGAAGUCAUCAACCGGACCAGCAGGUAAAGACACCUGACAGCCGCAGCCGCGUGACGCUCGGGAAUUAAACCGGCAACUUCUCCUCCUCCUCCACCUCCUCCUCCGCCUCUCCUCCCGCAGUCCGGUGGAGCUGAGAAGGAUCCGCGGUCAUGGACAAGCUGAAGUCGGUGUUGAGCGGCGAGGAGGCGGCGCGCAAAGACGACAAAACCGUCCUGGAGACCGUCAACGAGGCCUCCACGCUGGGAUGGGGGACGCGCAUGAAGGGAUUCGUCGCCUGUUUCGUGGUGGGGGGCGCGUGCGCGGUGUUGGGAGUGUGUCUGCUCUUCCUCCCCAGGAUCGGGAUCACUCUCUUCAUUGUCUUUUACACUUUUGGAAACCUGUGUACUAUUUGCAGCACCAUGUUUCUGAUGGGCCCGAUGAAGCAGCUGAAGAGGAUGUGCGACAAAACGAGAGCCCUGGCCACCGCGCUCAUGCUGACCUGCCUGGUGUUGACCCUCUGCGCCGUCUUCUGGUGGAAGAACUUUGGACUCGCUCUGCUGUUCGUCAUCUUGCAGGUCCUGUCGUUCGCCUGGUACAGCCUGUCGUACGUCCCGUUCGCGAGGGAUGCGAUCUUGAAGAUGUUCGCCGUGUGCGUUCGUUGAGGCUCCGGAUGAAGACAAAGAGGGAAACUCACUCUGCUUCAGAGAGUCUGGGACUUCCUGUUUUAUCCCCAAAUAACAUGUUCUUGUUUCAUUCAUUGAGC